AUGAUCAAAUAAUUAGAAGAUGCUCUCAUUAAAUUAGAAGUAUAUUCAUUCAUUAAAUUAGGAAACUGCUUAAAAUUGUGUCUAAGUAUUACAAAAAGAAAAGUAAUAUAGAAUCUAAAUUACUAAAGAAAUUGAAUAAACUUAAGAAGAAUUAAAACAAAUAUUAAAUAAUGAAGAAUAAAUGAUAAGAAAUAUUAUUGCUGUUGAAUUAGAAAAACCUGUCUAAAUUGGAACCAAAUUUUAAGCAAAAUUAAUCAAAUAAAUAGAUGUUGCCAAAUUUAAACAUGUUGAAAGAACAUAUAUGGUAGAUGAAUUAUUAGAAACCAAUACCAAUUUAAGAACAGAAUUACAUUUAUUAGAAAAAUAGUUAUAAAGAUCUUAAGCUUAAGUUUAAGAUUUUGGUAAUCAAUUAAGUUAAAAAUAAACAGAAUUUCUUGAUUUGUAGAUUUUAUAAGCAUCUAAACAUAAAGAAUUAAAAGAAUUAAUGGAAGAAGUUUAAGAAAUGAAAGAAUUACUUUAAAAAGUUAAAGAAAUACAACACACAUUAAAUAAAGUCAUAGGUAAAAACAAUAAUAACAAUAAUAAUGAAUUUAGUAAAACAAAUUCAACUGAAGAAGCAUUCAAAUUAACUUAGUCUAAACGUUCUGUUAAUGCUAACUCUUUGAAUAAUGAAUUUUAAUAAGAUAAAAAUGAAGAAUUUUGGUAUACAUUACCUCCUACUCCACCUCUAAAAUUACCCAGAAUAAAAUGA